AUGACGAAAUGGCGGAAGUUAUCGUCGAUAAAAACAACAACGCGCCAAAUUUGUGCUAAAUUCACUGUUGUCACCGCCACACAGUCUACGGACUCAUGAAAAACUUUGUCUAAUCUUUAUUAAUACAUUUAGGAAAGGCUGCUGGCUGAGAAAAUUAGCUGUGCAGCAUGGCUGUGCCUUUUGUUCAAGACUGGGACCUGAUUCAGACUCUGGGAGAAGGAGCCUAUGGAGAAGUGAGGCUGCUGGUGAACAGGCAGACGGAGGAGGCGGUGGCAGUGAAGGUGAUCGAUACCUCUCAGGCUAAAGAGUGCGCUGAAAAUGUCAAGAAGGAGGUCUGCAUCCAUAAGAUGCUCAACCACCAAAACAUCGUACGUUUCUUUGGCCAUCGGAAGGAAGGUACGACUAUGUACCUCUUCCUGGAGUACUGCACCGGCGGAGAACUGUUCGACCGAAUUGAGCCUGACGUUGGGAUGGCAGAGAAAGAUGCUCAUAGAUUUUUCCAGCAGCUAAUAGCAGCUGUGGAAUACCUCCACUGUAAGGGCAUCACCCACAGAGACAUAAAGCCAGAGAACAUUUUGCUGGAUGACAAAGAUAACCUGAAGCUGACAGACUUUGGCCUGGCCACCAUGUUUCGCUUCAAAGGACGAGAGCGUCUUCUGAGUCGACUCUGCGGGACUCUUCCCUACGUGGCUCCGGAGCUUCUCAGCCAAACAGAGUACAAAGCUCAGCCCGCAGAUAUCUGGGCCUGUGGGAUCGUUCUCACUGCCAUGCUGGCUGGAGAGCUGCCAUGGGACCAGCCCACUGAGAGCUGUCAGGAGUAUUCAGACUGGCUCCAAAAGAAAACAUACCUACCUCCUUGGAAGAAAAUACAACCAAUGCCUCUUAGUUUGUUGUCCAAGUUGCUGCUGGCCAGUCCAGAUGGUCGCAUCACCAUCGCUGACAUAAAGAAAGACCGCUGGUUCACUCAAGGGUCAAAGCAAACACCUCUGGGCUCAGCAGGAAACAAACAUCUUCGAUCAGACGUGGGACAGAUAUCCCGAGCCAACAGUGAUGACAGAAAUGUUUCCAGCUCUCAGCCUGAUUUUGCAGCAGGUGGCUGGGAAGCCAUGUUGAUCAUUGGUCAAAGUGACGGCCAAGUCAGCUUCUCUCAGCCGAUCAAGCCGGAGCACAUGCUGCUGGGUAGUCAGCUGCUGGGCACACCUGGAGCCAGUCAGUCACCUUGGCAGAGAUUAGUGCGGAGGAUGACUCGUUUCUUCACCACUGUGAAUGCCGAAGUCUCCUUGACUGCCCUGACGGACGCCUGUGACAGCCUGUCACUCGGCUUCAAACUCACCUGCACCAAACAGGUGACGGUGAGCACGCUUGACAAACGCAAGAACAAACUCAUCUUCAAAGUCCACUUGCUAGAGAUGAAUCAGAGAGUGCUGCUGGACUUCAGACUGUCUAAGGGUGACGGUCUGGAGUUUAAACGUCUCUUUGUGAAGAUAAAACACAAGCUCGGGGACAUCAUCAGCACUCAGAAGAUUUUACCCCCCAUCACAUGAGCGGCCACUACAAACACACUUUUAUGGACAUUGUAGGGAGAACCUGUAUAUAUUUAGCUGUUCUAUUGCUAAAUGUAUUCUGAUGUUCUCUUUGUGUGUGUGUGUGUGUGUGUGUGUGUGUGUGUGUGUGUGUGUGUGUG